UCAGUUUCUUUCUCCACAUCACAAAAAUUAAGGAAAAGAAAAACAAAAAGAUGGAGUUUUUUAAGAAAAGCUCUUCUCUUUGGGAUACUUUUGCAAUUUCCUUAGUUAGUUUCAUUGUAGUUUUUCCGAAUAUUAAUGGAGUGUUUGGUUCCCACAAAGUUUAUAUAGACUUACAAUCUUCAAGUGCUGUUAAUGUCAAAAAUGUCCACAGAACUGGUUUCCAUUUUCAACCACCAAAGCAUUGGAUCAAUGACCCUAAUGCUCCAAUGUAUUACAAUGGAAUCUAUCAUCUAUUCUAUCAAUACAAUCCAAAAGGAUCAGUUUGGGGUAAUAUUGUUUGGGCUCAUUCAGUUUCAAAAGAUUUGAUUAAUUGGAUUCAUUUAGAGCCUGCAAUUUAUCCAUCUAAAAAAUUUGACAAAUAUGGAACAUGGUCUGGAUCAGCAACCAUUCUCCCUAGUAACAAGCCCAUUAUUUUAUAUACUGGACUAGUAGAUUCCAAUAAAACCCAAGUCCAAAAUUACGCCGUCCCCGCCAACUUAUCCGAUCCAUAUCUCCGUGAAUGGAUCAAGCCCGAUAACAACCCGUUAAUCGUCCCCGAUAUCAGUAUCAACAAGACCCAAUUUCGCGACCCGACAACAGCUUGGAUGGGCCAAGAUGGUCAUUGGAGAAUUUUGGUAGGGAGUUUGAGAAAACAAAGGGGAUUAGCAAUAUUGUAUAAGAGUAGAGACUUUAUAAGAUGGGUUAAGGCUAAACACCCACUCCAUUCAUCUGCUAAUACUGGAAAUUGGGAAUGUCCUGAUUUUUAUCCUGUAUCAUUGCAAAGUACUAAAGGUUUAGAUGCAUCAUACUAUGGUGAGAAUACUAAAUAUGUCCUUAAAAAUAGUCUUGAUGUUACUAGGUUUGAGUACUACACUAUUGGUACGUACGACAGUAAAAAAGAUAGGUACAUUCCAGAUAACACUUUUAUCGAUGGUUGGAAGGGAUUGAGACUCGACUAUGGCAAUUUUUAUGCAUCUAAAUCGUUCUAUGACCCUGUCAAGAAUCGAAGAAUCGUAUGGGGUUGGACUAAUGAAUCGGAUAUUUUACCCGACGAUGAUAUUAAGAAAGGAUGGGCUGGAAUUCAAGCUAUUCCGCGCAAAGUAUGGCUCGACCCUAGUGGUAAACAGUUGGUUCAAUGGCCCGUUGAAGAAUUAGAAACCUUAAGAAAACAAAUGGUCCAAUUGAGCAACAAGAAGUUGAACAAAGGGGAGAUGGUUGAAGUCAAAGGAAUCACACCUGCACAGGCUGAUGUUGAAGUAACAUUCUCUUUUUCAAGCUUGGACAAGGCAGAGCAAUUUAAUCCUAAAUGGGCCGACCUUUAUGCCCAAGAUGUUUGUGCUAUUAAGGGUUCGACUAUUCAAGGUGGGCUUGGGCCAUUUGGGCUUGUCACAUUAGCUUCUAAAAACUUGGAAGAAUACACACCUGUUUUCUUCAGAGUUUUCAAGGCCCAAAGAAAUUAUAAAGUUCUCAUGUGCUCAGAUGCUAGAAGGUCUACCCUUAAGCAUAGUGAAGCAAUGUACAAACCGUCAUUUGCUGGAUAUGUGGAUGUUGAUUUAGUAGGCAAGAAGCUAUCUCUUAGGAGCUUGAUUGAUAACUCAGUAGUGGAAAGUUUUGGUGCUGGUGGGAAAACAUGCAUAACAUCAAGGGUUUAUCCAACAUUAGCAAUUCAUGAUAAUACACAUUUAUUUGCUUUCAAUAAUGGCACAGAGAAAAUCAAGAUUGAAACUCUGAAUGCUUGGAGUAUGGGUACAUCUAAUAUAACCUAAUAGAUCAGUUGUAAGAAUGCUUCACGUCCUCUUAGGUGCGGCCAUUUCUCGGACCCAGCAUGAACGCAGGAUAUUUUAUGCAUUGGGUUAUCCUAGUUGCAAGCAUGUUUCACAUUCCCUACCAUAUGUAUGUACCUCGAUGGUACGUUAAAUAAUUGACUCCGUUAUUACUGCUGGUAUAAGAGGUAAUAUACCACGUUAUUAUAUUUAUGUUACGACAGUAACAAAUAUGUCUUAGUCUCAAGUAAGUUUGGAAUAUAUAAAUCCUUACUUCUCCAUUUAAAAGUUA